AUGCGCUCCGACCAAUUUGAGAACCAUCCAGGUCAGUCUAGUCUCACCCCUUACUACAGUGCCAUUGGUCUGACAGGACCAAAGAAAACGUAUCAGUCCCUGAAUGUCAGCGUAGAGCCACUACAGAUUGACAGUCAUGCUCUCAACACGAAACGAGUUCUCGAUCUCAUGGCCGUCAAGCCAGAAGAAGGAAGCGUCCCGCUCUACAUUCACACCGUCAAUCGCAUCUUGAGGGAAAUGCGCAUGUCUCAACAAGCGUCUGGCACACGAUUCGAUUAUCAGACUUUCAAAAAUGAAAUUCUGGCAGCUGAACUUUCGCCAGCUCAGCUCGCGCCUCUCAGCCAGCGCCUGGCUAUGCUUGAGAGCUUUAUGCCACAAACAAGAGACGAAAUAGAGGGAAAACACGGUAAAAGCCCCGCAGGGACAACAUGGAAGAACCAGCCUGGAUUUUUGACCAUAGUUGAUCUCUCGUGCCCAUGCGUCUCACCCGAAACAGCUUGUUCGCUGUUCAAUAUAUGCCUGAGUUUGUUUCUCGAACAAAACAUAUCUUGCGGCCGCGUCAUUGCGCUUGACGAAGCCCACAAAUACAUGACUGGCUCUCCAGAAUCCUCGGUGCUUACAAACACACUAUUAUCGACCGUGCGGCUUCAAAGACAUCUAGGAGCGCGUAUAUUCGUGUCUACCCAGGAGCCAACGAUAGCCCCAGCUUUCUUGGAUCUUUGCACCGUAACCGUGAUCCAUCGAUUCUCGUCCCCCGCGUGGCUGCAUGCACUUGGAGCUCAUAUUGCUCUCAUGCAACAACACGAUGCCAUCUCGGUCGCUCAGCGAGAUGAUUCUUACGAAAGCUCGAAUGAAACGGCAAGACGCCUCUUUGAGAAGAUUGUCCGACUCGAAACUGGAGAAGCAUUCGUGUUCGCACCUAGUGCGACAGUAGCUAUUGGCAACCCUGGCUAUUCAUCAACAAGUGGCUCGACGAGAUCUUACAUCAAGGUUAAGAUCAGGUCGAGGCUAUCAGAAGAUGGUGGGCGGAGUGUCUUUGCUGAUUAG